AUGGCCCCGCCCGCCAAACGAAGGAGGCGCAAUGUCGUCGAGUCCGACGAUGAAGAAGAUGAACGGCCAAAGACCAACACGUUAACGAACUACCUAUUUUCAUCCCCGAACUCGAAAGCCGGCAGCAGAAAUGCCACUGCGUCGCCGAGCCCGACGAAAACGAGAUCACGAGCCGUCGGUACAGAUAAUCCCAUCGCAGCCCCGUCAUUUCUGCAAGCCCGAGGCGGGCAAUCGAGCAGAGGCACAAAGAGCCCAAGCACGAGUCCCGAGAAGAAGGGCAAGGGCCAGAAGCGCGUCAAGGUGGAAGAGAAGGGACGAAAUGGCGAUCUCAUGACGCUGUUUUCGAAGCAGGCGCAACGAACCAGUGCCAAGCCAGCAGGUUUCUCUCGAACGGUUCCCCUCGACGACAUUGUAAGCGAUCCCAUUUCCGAUGACGACGUUGUCGCGGACCAGAAAGCAAGCACGUCGAGCAUCGUGGGCCAGGCUGCACGGAAGAGGUUCCGUGACAGCACGCCGGUUGCAUCAGCACCUGCUUUUGGCUCAAGCCAGAAGUUUCUCAAGCCCACCCGUCCGGCGACGCCAGCAGCCCUCGAUGACGAUCUGCGGCCAUGGUCGGAGCGCUUCGGACCUGUGAAUCUGGACGAGCUUGCUGUGCACAAGAGAAAGGUGGCCGACGUGCGACAGUGGUUAGAGGAUGUCGUUGGUGGACGCUUACGCCAGCGGUUGCUGCUUCUCAAAGGUGCUGCGGGCUCUGGAAAGACGACGACCAUGAGGCUUCUCGCCAAGGAUAUGGGCUGUGAGCUCCUCGAAUGGCGGAAUCCCACCGGUGCAAACGGCGCAAAUCUUGGGUACUCGUCUGCGUCGGCUCAGUUUCAGGAGUUCCUGGGUCGAAGCGGGAAGUUCGGCCAGCUUGAACUUGAUGUGGCGACUGAAGCGCCGCGCCCGAACGAGAAGACCGAGUCUUCUUCGCAAAAGAUCAUCCUUGUGGAGGAGUUUCCUAAUACCUUUUCGCGAUCUUCAACAGCCUUGACUUCGUUCAGGAACUCUAUUUUAGGGUAUCUAGCGACGAACACGCCCUCACUCACGGCAUUUGGGCGCCGGCCCUCCAGCGAACCCAUUACCCCAGUCGUUCUGGUCAUCUCGGAAACGUUGCUGACCACAACAUCAGCAUCGGCGGACAGCUUCACGGCCCAUCGCCUGCUUGGGCCGGAGAUUCUGCGACAUCCCGGGACGCGGGUGAUUGAGUUCAACGCCAUUGCACCGACACUGCUUGCGAAAGCUCUAGAGUUGGUGGUGUUAAAAGAAGCGCGCAAGUCUGGCCGGAAGCGCACACCAGGGCCUCAAGUGUUGAAGCGACUGGGCGAGAUCGGUGACAUUCGCAGCGCAAUUUCAUCAUUAGAGUUUAUGUGUUUGAAGGGCGACCAGGACGCAGACUGGGGGGCAAAGGUGGCCCUAUCUAAACAGUCAAAGGGUGCCAAGGCCGGCAUCUCGUUGACCAAAGGAGAGUUAGAUACUCUGGAGCUGAUAUCUCAGCGCGAAGCAAGCCUCGGCAUAUUCCACGCCGUUGGCAAGGUGGUCUAUAACAAGAGGGAGGAGACGCUCGGGAGAUCCAACCCGGCUGAAGUGCUACCCAACUAUCUGGCGCAUCACUCUCGACCAAAGCCAUCAGAAGUCUCGGUCGACACCUUGAUAGACGAAACCGGCACAGACACGCAGACGUUUAUCUCUGCUCUACACGAGAACUACAUGCUCUCCUGCGAGACCGUCCCGCCGCUAGACGCAUCGACACCGCUGGACUACGUAAACGGCUGUAUAGAAUACCUCUCAGAGAGCGACCUGCUGUGUCCGUCGUCGGAUAUCUUCUUCGGCGGAAGAGGUGCGUACGCCGGCUUCGGCAGAGACACGGGGAGCCACGUACUCCGCCAAGACGAGAUUGCAUUUCAAGUCGCCGUCCGGGGGCUGCUCUUUUCGCUGCCGUCGCCCGUCAAGCGCAAGGCGUCGACCGGCAAGGGCGGCGACCAACACAAGAUGUUUUACCCUACCAGCAUCAAACUGUGGCGACAAAAAGAAGAAUUCGAAAGUCUAGUAGACGUGUGGUCCACGAAACUCAUGAAGGGCGAAGAAAGCGCACCGCGAAAGGGUCUAAUGGACGGCGCCAGCGCAUUUAAACGUCCUAAGCAGACGGACGUAAGCAGCUGGAUGGCCAAUCGACAGUCCAAGAACACGCCGACUCAGACCGACGCCGCCGCCGCCGCCGCCGAACCCGCGCCGCUCCUGUCCCUCGGCAGCUCGGCCCGUAGGGAAAUGCUGCUCGAGCGUCUCCCGUACAUGGCGGCCAUCGUCCGCGGUCGCAAGUCGACGCUGCACUCGUUCAAACUGCGGGAUAUCGAGAAGGUGGUUUCCUUCCAGGGCAUCGGGCCGCCGACGACGGACGACGAUGAUGAAGACGCGGAAGACGCGCCGGACGAGGGCGUAAUGACGGGCGACGCGUGGGCGACGGAUAAACCGUCUGAAGAGUCGUCACCCAGAAAGAAGAAGAGGAGCGGGGGGAUCCGUCAAAAGGCGGGGGACGCGGCGUCGGUGGCGGGUCUGCAAGUGCAGAAUUUAGUCAUUAGCGACGACGAUAUUGAAGAUGAUUAA